AUGGGAUUCUUAGUUUCAAUUUUUGAAAUUGUGAAGAAUUUGGGGGAAGCAACUGGAAAAUGGUUUGGAUAUAUCAACAGCCUUGAUGCAAAUUUGAAAAUUUUCAAAAGAAAGAUAGAGGAUUUGAGCAGUCAAGAGGAGGAUAUAAAGACUGAACUGAGCAGUGCAGAGCAGCAGUCAAAAGUAGUUCAAGAUUGGCUCGGAGAUGUGCAAAUGUUAAAAGGUGAUGUGCGAACUUUGCAAAGACAAGAGCAAGAAGUAGUAGGAUGGAAGAAUGUCUUCUUACGUGUACAAUUGGGAAACCUUGUUGCGGAGAAGAUUCAAGAGGUGGCAGAACUGCAGGAAAAGUGUAGAUUUUCUAAUGGUUUGCUAAUUGAUGCACUUCCAACUAGUGGACGGUUCAUACCAACAAUGGGAUCUUUUUGUGAAAACACAAGUGCAAGGAACAUGGAGAACGUUUGGAAAUACUUGAUGGAUGAUGAGGUUAGAAGGAUUGGCAUUUUUGGAAUGGGGGGAAUCGGCAAAACAACCAUCAUGCAUCACAUUAACAAUGAACUCUUGAAUGAAGCUUGUAACUUUGAUGAUGUUAUUUGGGUCACAGUAUCUAAAGCUUCAACAUUAGAAAUCUACAGAGGUAGAUAG